AUGUCAGCAGUGCCCCAGACUGGAAGGACGGCAUCAACUACAUAUGGAGACAUCGCGAGACGUGCUGCCCAGCAGCGAAUUGAGUCACUCAUACUCGCCAAUUCAUCAAAUACUUCCACUGGACUUGCUCUACCCCCGAAAGCGACAAAACCGCCUGAAAAGCACUCAAGGAGCUAUCCGGCGGAGAGCUUGCUUUCUACAAGUGAUAAAAGUUUAAAUGGCCACGAUGAUACCCAGGGACUGGGUUUUGAAGGGGAUAGUUCUAUCACUGCGCAUGCUGCCUUCGCCAGUACCUUUGUCAACCAUGCUGUUCAGCACCGUUCCUAUAGGGAAGCUUGGCCAAAACUCAGGGCGGCCAUGGCUGCACUUCAUGAGCUUCUACAGAUGCAAAAGGCAAAGGACGAUGAUCAUUUUGCUCAUGAAAAACCUUUAGGGAAAGAAGGGUUUGCAAACUUUCCCAUGCCUCCUCUAGAAUCAAUCCUGCCACUUCUCCGCGAACUCAAGAAAACAGUACCCCUGACAUUUACGUUGAUCUGUGCUUAUGGCAACGUCGAUUAUUUUACCGAUCAGUGCCGAAGCGUCUAUUUUGCAACCGACACCUUCUCACAAGCCACAUUUGUGAUUGUCAAUGCCGGAUUGUACUUCAUCUUGCAGGAGAAGAUGAUGCUUGCACGUCAUUCCGACAACGGAGAUUCAAUUUCCAGCUAUCAAGCGCAUCUCAAUAUCUGUCGCGAUAAUCUGGAGACCGUCUUGGCGCAUUUAAACCUCCUCUUGCCAGCACAGCGAGAGAAUGUGAUUGCGCUUGUGAUGGGAGCCAGCUAUGCUAUCGAGAUAUCUAAACCGUUACUCGCGUUACGGCUCAACACCGCUGCCUGUCAAUUGUGCUUGACUCUGGGAUACCAUAGAGCGAUGAACCAAGCUGGAGAAGACGACGACGCGAGAAGGCAGAGAGGAGUGCUCUUCUGGCUGGCUUAUAUCCUGGAUAGGGCAUUGGCCCUUCGGUUAGGACGCCCACCGAUUCUUCAAGAUUACGAGAUUACACUACCACGGAAGCUUGAAUACCUAGGAGAGUUUGAAUGCCAUAGAGAAACCAUCCACAGUUUCAUGGUUCAUGCAGAAGUUCAAGGAAAGAUAUAUGAGGAAUUGUAUAGUCCAGCGGGGUUGGUUCGGCACGUUGAGCAGCGAAAGGAAACCGCACAAAGAUGUGCUGACAUCUUGCUAGCGGAACGGAGGAAGAUAAGCGAGAAACGGGCGAAAGCUCUCCACGACGCUGCUGACGGAGGCGUUGAAAUUGCUACAAUGCUAUCAAUGUCGGAUGAGUUAGCUAUUUUAUCGACUCUGACGCUCAUAUAUCGCUCGAUUCCUCCCACAUCUGAUGGCGUCGCACGAGGCACCCCGAGGACUUUCUCGGUUGACUGCAUCAAGAUGGCGAGGGAAGCGAUGCAUGUACACCUUGAAUGUAUUGAGCUUGUCAGGAAAUCUCCAACAUUGGCAACAGCUUAUAUGCACUGGAUCAUCUUAUUUCAACCUUUCAUUCCGUUUAUUGUUCUCUUUUGCCACGGCAUCGAAAGCUGUGCGAUUGAAGACCUUCGGCUGAUCGAGCGCUUCAUGACAUCUUUGGAACCGUGGAAGGGCUUGUCUAGCCAAUCGGACAGACUUUUUCAACUUUGUCAGGUUCUUAACGAUCUUGCAACGAUUUGCGUGGAAGCUGGUCAAGCGGGCAGUGUUCAACGACAACCAGAAGUUGGGGAGCUGACUGGCUUCCUGGCGGGCCAAGAAGAAAGCAUGCCUGAAAAUCAGGCUGAAUUUAUAGAUCAAGACAUUCCUAUGGAUUUUGGCUUGGACGGUUGGGAUUUGGGGCAGAUCGAUCCCAUGUCAAGUCGUCAGAGUUAUCAGCUCAGCGACCUGUUCACGGAGUACUACAUGCAGGUUUUGGAUGCUUCGGACUUUCUUGUGCAGGAUCCAAUGCGGCGAGGCUCAUCUGGGCGUGGAAGAGAGUACUGA